AUGGCUCUUUGGGCCGAUAUAACCGAUCCCCAACGACAUUUUGAGAUCGAAGUUCCACUGAGAGCACUUGAGGAACCAGUAUUACGUUAUGCAAUCUUUGCGUUCUCUUCUCGACAUAUAGAUAGACAGAGACAAAAAGACAUAUCUGAAGCCCUACAAUACCAUAACCACUGCCUACAGCUUCUUAUUCCCGUUCUGUCUGGCCCCAGAGAUAGUAUCACAGAUACGGUUCUUGCUGCAGUCGCGAUUCUCCGGCAGCAUGAGGAAAUGGACUGUGAGGACCAUCAGUUCCAUUUGACAGGCACAACCCAGAUCUUGAAUACGAUAUCAUCGUUCGGAUCAAGCGGAGGCCUUGGUGAGGCAGCAGCUUGGUUAUGCCUGCGCGAGGACAUUUACAUAUCACUCAUUUCGCAACGACCAUUACAGACGGAUUUGCAUCGUUUCAGCAAUUCGAAUGUCUUCAGCCGGGAGGACGAUUUUGCUUGGGCGAGUCGGAUGGUAUUUCUUCUAGCCAAGGUUCUCAAACACGCAUUCAAUUACGAUCGCACUGUCAAUCAUUCGAUACUAGAAGACAUUGGUAAGGAGAUUGAGAAAUGGAAUACCAGAAAGCCGUCCACAUUCCAGCCCAUCCAAUAUGUCCCUCGUAGCAGUGAGGUACAUAGAAGAUUUCCAGGAGUCUGGAUGCUGCUGCCCGUCCACGGUCGGUCCCCAACUCAAGUUUUCGCUAGUCCUACCAACUGA